CUUCUUUUCAUAAAAGAGCUUUUUUUAUUAUUUUUACGACCGUUGAUAAUUAAUCAAAUCAAUGGAUAAGAAGCCACGAAAUCCAAGCCAACUAUUGCAGCAUGCAUCCAAGUUUGGGUUAAAGAGGUCACUAACGACUAAAGUAUCGACUUCGCCACAAAUACCAAGACUUUCCGUCUCAUUUUCUUCUUCUCCUUCUUCUUCUCCAAGUCGGUCUAAUUCCAUGAACCCACCAUUGCAACAUAGAGAAUACAAAGCACCUCCUCCUUUCUCGACAGAGUUAGGUGCAACUACAAGUGCUGCUGGGAACACAAGAGGCACAUUACAUCAUGGUGAUAAUACAGUGAAUAGAACACUAUCUCCUAUACCAGAAAACACUCUCCAAUCCACAUUUCAAACAAUCAUCCGUCAAGAACCAGUUUAUUAUCGAGCCUACCUAUCCGCCGUUGCAUAUGAAUUCAAAAGGCGAAUUAUUUUAUCCGACCGGAUUAAACAUGAUAUUGAAUAUCACAAUGUGUUUGAUGGCAAAGAGGCAGUGGAUAAAUUAAAAGAAGUGCUGGGCAUUACAGAUCGCACUGUGGCUCUUAGAGUGGGACGUGCAUUAGAGUCGCAAAGGUUCUUCCAUGAUGUGAAUUACGAAAAUCGAUUGGUCGAUGAUAUCAUAGAAAUCUAUCAAUUUAAUGAACUCUUGUUUCGUACUUAUAGUAAUAGUAAUUCCAGCGCAUCCUUCUCUGCCACUUCCACCGUGAUUUCAGAUUAUUACGAUGAUGACGAUGAUAACGAAAGCACAACUACCACACCCACACAACCAGAAGAUGAAUUACUAUUACCAAAUGGUAUUUAUAUUGAAUUAACCCACUGUUAUUCUCCCACUUGUAAUAAUUUAUACCCGUGUUACAGUUACACAUGUCCUAAAAAAGAAAGAUUGAGAAAAAGACCGCAUAGCGUAGACACACGAGAAAAGAGAGUAACAGCUUACAUCUACGAAGUCGAGAAGCAUCAACCCUUAUGGAGCGAAAGCAUUGAUGAUUAUAUUGUUUUUUCUACACCUUCAAUUGAACGAAAACGACAAGAAACCAUCUUUGAAUUGAUCUACACAGAAGAGAAUUUUUUGAAUGAUCUUGAUUACGUGAUCAAGAUGUGGAUUGAACCUUUGCAGCAAGGCGAUAUCAUCCCAGAGCAUAGAAAACAUGAUUUUAUAGAAAAAGUAUUUUCAAAUUUGAUUGAAAUCCACAAUAUCAGUAUGAAGUUAAGCAUUGCUUUACGAUUGCGACAGCAAGAACAUCCCAUCGUGUCUCAAAUCAGUGAUAUCAUGGAGCAAUUUGUAUCUGAAGUGGAUCCCUUUAUCUAUUACGGUGCACGUCAACAUCGCGCCAAACAUGUGUUUGAGUAUGAACGUUAUAAUAAUCCACGCUUUGCCCUGUUUGCAGAAAAGACGGAACGCGAUGCCUCUUCACGAAAAUUAGAAUUAAACGGUUACUUGACAAAACCCACAACACGCCUAGGAAGGUAUACCUUGUUAUUGGACAAGAUUCAUGAUCGUACAACGCCAAAUCAUCCGGACAAGGAAAAUUUGCCGUACAUUAUUAAUUCGAUUAAACACGUUUUACAAAAAGUCAACACGGCAGCGGGUGUGGCCAAGAACAGGUUCGACUUAGAAUUGAUUGGAAAUCAUUUGAGUUUCAAGUACAAGAAGGAUGCUAUUGACUUACGCUUAAAUGAAAGUCACCGAUGUAUCAUUAAGCAAGGCACGAUGAGAAAAUCCCAGAGUUUUGAUUCGACGGAAUAUCAAGUGAUUUUGUUUGAUCAUUACUUGGUUACUGCAAAAGUCAAGAUCAUCAAUGCAGUAGAACACUACACCAUUCAAAAGCGGCCGAUCCCAAUCGAACUGCUGGGCACAUCGAUUGAGAAUAAUGCACCGUUACAACGAAAGCGAUCAUCUAGUACUUUAUUAUUUUCUGCUUCUUCCUUUUCAGAACGAUCUUUAUCGCCUACAAAAAUAAGCCCUGACCAACCUUUAGCUCAAAUAACACGUGUCGGUUUCCCUUUCACUUUUUAUCAUCAAGGAAGCAAUGUGAAUGACACUUUGACCCUGUACGCACCUACCGAACAAGGAAGAAAAUCCUGGCACACAGCCAUUCAAAAUCAACGUGAUAUCAAGUUUAAGAGAAAACCAGUCUUUGAUGUAGUGGAUACGGUGAAACGAUACGAGUUUUUUGCUGAAAUUGCUGUUCAUCAAAUGAUUACCUUUGAUGAAGGCAAGUAUUACAUGUUGGCAACAGACGCUGGUGUGUACGUCGGUCCUUAUAACUCGAUUAGCGGUAUCCCACGCAAGAUUCUUCCACUGGAGAAAGUAUACAAAGUGCAUAUCUUGGAAGAAUACCAGUUACUGCUCGUGCUCUCAGAUCAAGUACUUUGGCAAUACCCGCUAGACAUUACCCUGAACGGUCAUGACACGAAAAGCAUUCAGAAUUUUGGUCGAAAGAUUCGAACCAAUGUCCCAUUCUUUCAUGUAGGCAAUUGUUUAGAUCGCACCUUGAUCUGUGUGCCGAAACCCUCUACGGUGAUUGGCACAGAUAUCGAUGUGUAUGAACCAACCAUGCCAAAAACUGAGGUAAAGAAGAAGUCCCUGUUAGGUAGACUGUCCAUUCGAUCCAGCACCUUGUCUUUGACCAAUACUCAGGUUACCCAUUCCAAGCCGAUCUAUAGCCCGUAUGAUGUGUGGGCUAUUGAUACAACCAAAUCGCUCAUGUUAUUAACAACGCCGAUGGGCAUCAUUGCUGUUGAUAUGAAGACAAAGAAGCCAGAUGCACUGUUGGAUCCCCAUGAUAGACACUUGGCUUUUAUCACCCGACAUGAAAGGACGAAUGCCCAAAUGAAGAUAAACCAGGUGAUCAAGCACAUCUCUGUAUUUCAAGCGCCCAACGGCAAUUAUCUCGUGUGUUACGACAAAUACGCUUUUUAUAUUGACAAGAAGGGUCGAAGAGCACAGCGAUCAUUCAAGAUUGAAUGGGAAGGACAACCCACAUCUUUUGCUUAUUAUCAUCCACAUGUGAUCGCAUUUGAACAGCAAUUUAUAGAGAUUCGAUGUGCUUUGGAUGGACAUUUACAACAAGUGAUUCAAGAGAAAAACGUUUGUUGUUUACAAAAUGGUCACAAAUCCAGAGAGUUUGUUAUUUUAGGCACCAUGUUGGAUAAAACCAAUCCAACUUAUCAGCAUAUAUUUGAGCUGCAACCGAUUGGAGGCUGAUGUCAUCUCACUCCCACUCCUAUUUUGUUUACUAUUUAUUAUUAAAUUCAAUGAUACCCCCACCUCACCCCUUUUC